AUUAGAGCUCUUACCAGUUCGAUGGAUAAUAAUAUCUCAGCCAUGAAUGAUUUAAUAAAUUCAACAGAUAAUCAACCAGAGGACUGUCAUACUCAUGAUGAACGCACGCCUCGCUGUGUUUCGACCUUGGAUAGUCAUGGUUCCUACACAAAAAAGACUGAAAAUGAGCAUCUUAAUAUGAAGCGAAAUUCUGAAGCACUGCAGCAGCCACCAGAUAAGCAUCAACCUCUGAAUAAGCAACAAGUAAAGAAGCCUCGGAAACUGCCAAAAGAGAAAGACUUUAUGGAUUCGAUGUUUAUAUCCUCACCCAAAAUCACUCCUAGGAAUGCUCCAAGCCGCCACCCUAGAGGCGGUCCAACAACAACUAAAAAAUUUGUGCUCCAGAGAAGGAACACGUUAUGUGUUUCAGAUCCAGUGACACCGGCUACUGCUGAUUUAGCUUCAACUCCAGUGACACCUUCUACUGCUGAUUUAGAUGAGUUUUUUGUUUCUUCUGAUGAGGAAGUUGGAGCAAUAAUAGCUGAACAUGAGACUGAGGUGCAAGACAAGUUUGCUGCUCUUGGAACAUCUGUUACAUCAACUUCUCCCCUGCCAUUAGAUGGUGGUUCAGAAAGCAACCUGCAGCUUCCUCACUCUGCAACAUCCGACACAUCAACUUCUUCCCUUCUAUUAGAUGGUGGUUCAGAAAGCAACCUGCAGCUUCCUCACUCUGCAACAUCUGAGACAUCAACUUCUUCCCUGCCAUUAAAUGGUGGUUCAGAAAGCAACCAGCCUCCUGACUCUGCAAUGACGCCUUUUCAGCGCUUACUUCGAUUGAUUCACACAGUAUCUGACAAAACUCUGGAGAGCUCUAUGAAUGACAUGUAUUCGGCCAUCCAAGGCAUGGACAAGCUGGCCGAGUUUGAUAGUUAUGACGAAAACAAGCCAAGUUAAAGAUUACGUGACAUAAAUGCAAUUUGUAGGGAUACCUUCCUUUUUUGAAACUAAUUAGUAGGAUACCUCAACCACCUUUGGAUGAUCAUACACCAAUGUUUGUGAUAUGAUAUAUUGGUGCAAAAACUGUACAUGGUAGAUGAUCUCUUAUUCCUUA